CUAAGUUUCUUUUUUCUGUCCGAUAUCUUAUCCAAUAUUUUGAUAUCACCUUGAAACUAAUUUCAUUCAAUACCAAUAUGCCAUCUUUACUUUUAAUAAACAAAUUAGAAUAUCACUUUUUGGUAGUGUGUUAUGAGUGGAACUGGUCUUUUUACAAAAAUAGUUAGCGUAUGGGCUAUGGGCUUUUCUGUCAGUAUGAAUUUGGUUGGAUCCAACUGAGCAACAGAGAAAAAUCUUUGAAUUUUGUACAUUGAAGGUCAACAUAAAAGUGUAAGGAGUAAAAAUUAUGUUUUUUUCUUAUGAAAAAGUUACUGGUUAAGCACAAGCAUUAAGUUUCAAUAGUACUCAAGUAAAGUAUAGCCUAAUCUUCCAAAAUAAUGCUGAAGUACAGUUACUUAAGUUUUUUCCACCUCUAGGGAACACCAGGCAUAACUAUACAGGUCAUGAAGAUCGGAGCCAUUUCAGAUACACAAAUUAGUUCAUUUUGGUUUUAAGGCAUAGUUCUGAUCAAGUUGUAUACCUAACAUCUGCCCCCUCCCGUGAGAUUUUUCAUAGUAAUGCACCAGUUACUUUUCAGCGCACACCCAUACAGAUAAACAGCGUAGUUCGUGUAAUUUUCCUCAUUAAGGUGUUUACUUCCUCCCUAUUUAAUUAUAACAAUUUUAUACGGUGAAACCCACCCCUUGGCUCUGGGCUCCAUUCACAUGGCAAAGAUGCCAGAGCGAUAUAACAGGCCUAGGAGAUCUGGUGGGGUCAAAGAGACAUAUUUGUAGAUGCUCUCAUGUGUUUUCAUCCAGAUGGGUGGGCCUAGUUAAAGAGUCUGUCUGUAGACGUGGGGGAGAGCGGGAGAGCAAUGGGACUGUUGUUCUCGCAAAAGGAAACAGCCAUUUAGACGAUCAUGAAAAAAAACAACCCUUCUUCAAGAAGAAAAAAACAGCACUUUCCACCUACUGGAAACCUAGAAAUUAAGAGAAGGGGAAAAGGAGGAGCGUAGUAUAAGUGGAAAAGACUGAGGGAUCAACAGAGCGGAGGAGAGGAGUACAGUUGAAGCUGGUCAUAUUAGUUUUUCCAUUGACUGGAAUCAUUUAAGGUUUUUCCAGUGACUCAGAGGGACUGUCCGGCACUAUGGCCUACCUGCUGAUGUUUGUGACCCUGCUUCAUCUCAUCACACUGGCUGUCCUUUUCAUUGCCACCAUGGAGAAGUCAUGGUGGGUGUGGUCCAACACUGAGAGCUCAGAUCUUUGGUACAACUGCAAAUUUGACAAUGAAAAAGAGACAUGGUUCUGUGAAUCAUCAAAAGAAACAGAGUGGCUUCAGGCUGUCCAGGUUCUCAUGGUCUUUUCUGUGGUCUCCUCCUGCAUCUCAUUGCUCGUUUUUCUCGGUCAGCUCUUCACCAUGUCUAAAGGUGGACUCUUCUACCUCACUGGUGUCUUCCAAGCAUUUGCAGGUCUCACUACCUUUACGGCAGCACUCAUCUACACCCUGCACAACAAAGAAAUCCUUGAGGACUCCAGAGAAUUGAGCCUGGGACAGUUUGGCUACUGCUACAUUUUGGCCUGGGUGUGUGUGCCUUUGCUAAUAUGGAGUGGAAUCAUGUACAUCCAUUUGCGCAAAAGGGAGUAGCUUCACAGUUUGUUGAGUUAAAACAGAAAACUGUAAAUCUCACGUUGAAAGCAUUCCAUUCAGCAUAUAGUAGUGUACAUAUUUAUAUAACCUUGACUACAUGGAUCAUUCUGCCGAAUUGGUUCGAAGAGUUCGAAACACAUUUUGGACUUUUAAUGGACUUGGACUUUAGCUUUGAGUAACACUAUACCUUAAUUAUGCUUAUUUUAAUAAAACAAAUGACUGAACAUUCCAUUUUGGAAUCAAAAUACAACCCAAACUUCACCAAAUAUUUCGGUAGUGACCAUUUUAGCUAAUUUUGAGCAUAACUCAAAAACACCAGCCAGUACAAGACUAGCAAACACCGAUUUGAACAGUUGUACACACAUAAAAUCAUCAUCCUUUUCAUUAAAACUUAAAAAGUGUACUUAAUUGCAGAAAAUAUGUUUC